GAAUGGAACAGUGAUUCUCUUUACCAAGACGGAGGUCCACUUCUUCAAUCCCAAUUGCUCUAUCGAAGUUAUUGUUAGCGCGCCUGGAGCUACGACUUCUAAUACCACAACUUUGAACAAACGUAGCCGUAUUAACGAACGGCACAUGAGCAAGAAAAGAUCCGUCCAAGUUGCUCCAGUCGAACUGACAAUCAUAAAUCAAUGUGGAGAUGGAACCUCGGAUUUCUCACCGAGUCUUACGUUCGAUAUAUUUCCUUGCCCUUUGACGGACAACGGUAAUGGCCAGUACCGUGCGUCUUGCAAAUAUCUUCCGCCAGCCGACCAGCAAUCACUAUGUGAGGAAAUCAUGCAGGACGACUUCAAAGCCUUCACCGAUUUCUUGUUAUAUGACGCCACUGACCAAGGGAGCAAAGUUCUUACUCUUAUAGGACUCAUAGGAGCUGCCGUACUUACAGCCCCUAUUGACGCUACUAUUGCUUUAGUCGUUGUUGAAGGCUUUCUUGCUGUAGAGUUUGUUCCUGAGGCGUACGCGGCCCUUACUCUCCUCAGUGACUCUAUGAGCUUUGCGAAAACGUUUUUAGAAGAUCUUCAGAGACUGCAAAAGUCGUUCAAGGUUUUCGGCCAAGCUUUGGCGGAGGCUGUUUGCGUGGUAGAGAUUGAUGACACGACCAAAGUCAGCGUUUCGUUUCCUGGACAGCUGUUCAGUCAAACCAUUGCGGAUUUUGCGGAGCCACUUCAGGGGGUCAUCUCAGCGACCAUAUAUGUGGAUGACACCAGUAUCACCGAGUGUCCGCCAAAAGACAAUGUGCUGAAGAAUGGCGAUUUUGAAUUUGGUGAGGGUGGCUGUCAUGGUGGAAAGGAAUGCGUGUAAGUUGUUGACGCUGUCAUAUUUAUACAUGCUAACAGCUUGGCUCGCAGCCUGCUCGGUGCGUCGUAUCCCGCUUAUACUGGACUGGUGCAACAGGUCUCCGGCCUGAUGCCUGGGAACUACUACAACUUCUCUUUCUGGGUAGAUUUGCAGCAUGUCAUUACUGGACCAGCAUCGACCUAUUACCUUGAGGCGUUCAUGGGGGACGUCCAAUUUCCGGCUACUGGGGGAUCAAUCCAGACCGGCGUAUUCUCGCAACUCCAGCUUGCGCCUAUUGCCUCUGGUUAUCACUUUUACUCUGCACUGCUCAGUCCACCGAUCCCCAAUCCGUUCGUAGCUCUUGCAUUCCAUUGUAAAGCAGACCCUGCUUCAAC